AUGAAGAUAAUAUUCAUCGUAUAUAUUCUUAUAAGUACCUUUUCUUGGAAAUCUAUAUUAUCAUAUAGAAGAUUAAAAGACAUUAACAAUAUGGAUGGCAUACCCCAAGGUUUCAGCAAGAACAAACAGAUUAACUUCCAUGAAUUGAGAUCCAAUGCCAACAAGGAUAAGGAAAAAGCGUAUACUUAUGAAAUCAGUGAAUGGAUUAUUAUGAUAAAUCCAAGAAAUGCAAAAACACAUACUGGAAAAAUACGCAGUAUUGAAAUUUAUUCUAUGACAUAUCCUUAUGAACAGUUGGAAGUUUUUAAGGAGAAAUUAAAAGGACCAAAAAAAAAAAAAAAAAAAAAAAAAAAAAAAAAAAAACUUAUAUAUAUUUUCAAAAAAUAUAUGUAUAGAUAG